UUUGAUUAUAUUAAUGUUAUUUUCCGAGGAGAAUUAUUUGAGUAGAUUUAUGAAGUACGCUAUCGAUAUAAUUUAGAAGACUAGAUGCAGCUGGUAGAAAGUUAUAGUAACUUUUAAAGUAGCUAUGUGUUUUUGCACAUUUUCAUAAGUUUUGCAAGCAGCUAUAGACUUUUUAAAUUGUACAGACUUAUUUGUUUAGUGACUGCAUUAUAUGCUAUCUGAAUUUUUGCCAAACCAUCAUCAUGUGUUCCAAGAACCUUUACACUGUUUUGUACUAUCGAAGUUAUUUCUGUUAUCUUAUCUUUUCUUGAAGCACAGAAACUUGAAUGAGUGUUGCACUUGGGCGCCAUUUAUACGGUGCUAAAAUGUUUCACUUUUAAUAAUGUGAAGGAAUCAAUUCUAUUAACAUCAAAUGCAUGAUAAGAUCACAAAAUAUAAAAAGAUGUUCUAAUUGUUGAGAAAUGAACGUUCUUAAUGAUUUCCCGGAACCAAAAACAUUUCAUAGUAUAUCUUCUAAAAAAUCAGAUUUUAUUGUAUUUCACUGUUUAUCAAUCUAAACUAGUUUUUCAUUUCUCUUCGGAGCUGUAGAUACGUUUUAAAUUAUACUCUAUUUCAAUUCAGAUAUAAGAAUCAUAUCCUGUACUGAGAUCUAUAUUAGUUGAAUAUUUCCAAAAGAGUUCAAGUGGAAGACAACUAACCGAUUUUAUCAAGCAGCAUUUAAAAGAAGUAAUAUUUUAACCAGUAGAACUACAGAACAUUCCAACACAUUCAAGCGUGUUCUACACCGAAAUUCCAUACAGAGAGUGUUUGGCAAGCAUCGUCUACUUAGCGUUCAACCCUGUGCUGCCAUGCUGACAGGACGGUCACGAAUUUCCGGUUUCCCAAAGUCGGUCUUAUACUUUUGCAUUCUAUCUCUCUAUGUGACCCAUCUCUCAUGCAGCACCACAUUUACCUCACAGACGAAUAUUCACAUAGGAGCAUUCCUCCCCCUCUCUCGAAACAUUUCCCAGGGUUCCAUCGGAAGAGGUGUAGUUCCCGCCAUUAAAUUGGCAGCAAGGCACAUCAACAGCAGCCCGCUCAUUUUAAAAGACUAUAGACUGGUCGUCCAGUUCUACGACACUAUGUGCGAUGCAGCUGUAGGAAUGAAAGCAUUUUUCGAUAUGCUUCACCAAAAGCCUCACAAAUUAAUCCUUUUUGGUGCAGCAUGUACAGGAGUUACGGAUCCUAUUGCCAAGUCCUCACAGUUCUUCCAGUUAGCUCAGAUAACCUACGCCGAUACCCAUCCGAUGUACACUAAAGAAAAUUAUCCCAAUUUCUUUCGUGCUGUGCCUAGCGAAACUGCUUUCAACCCCGCAAGAGUGGCUCUCCUAAAGUAUUAUAAUUGGACCAGGGUUGGGACACUCUAUCAGAACUCACCUCGUUACGACUUGCCACAUAGUAAGCUACUGACAGAUUUGGAUAGCGCUCAAAUAAUGAUAGCAGAAACGCAAGGCCUUGUAGAAGAACUACAGUAUGAACUUAUAAAAUUGAAAAAUAAAGAUGUUAGAAUAAUAUUAGGAAACUUCGAUGAAGAAUGGGCAAGGAGAAUUUUUUGCGAGGCCUAUAGGCUGAAAAUGUACGGCCGAAAGUACCAAUGGAUAAUUGUAGGGAUGUACCAGGAGCGGUGGUGGGAGGUGAGAGAUCAGAACAGUUCUUGCACCCCGUGGGAGCUUACGCAGGCGAUGGAAGGCCACAUCGCGACAGAUGUUCUGCCUCUCAGCAGUUCGGAGAACAUCACAGUCUCAGGACUGACACCUGCUGAGUAUGCAGGGCAGUACGACAAGAGAAGAGAAAGCGAAUACAGUCGUUUCCACGGGUACGCGUACGACGGCAUCUGGGCAAUUGCGCUCGCCAUACAAAGCGUAGCACAAAAACUGAAGACCAAAGGAAAGAACCUGAAGGAAUUCCAAUACAGAGACCCGUUUUGGGGUCAAUUAUUUAGGGAUGCCUUUAACGAAACAUCUUUCACCGGAGUAACGGGUCCGGUGCAUUUUAUCAAGAAUGAAAGACGCAGCCAAAUUCUUUUGAAGCAAUUUCAAAAUGGUUCUGAAGUCAAAGUAGGGGAAUACGAUCCGAUCUUUGAUGAAAUAGACUUCAGUAAAGGAGUUCCCAUCAUAUGGAGUGCUGGCGGUGGACCUCCUGCAGAUCGAACUCACAAGAAAAUAACAAAGAAAAGAAUAAGCAUUACAGUUUAUUCCAUUUUGGUUACGUUCGCCAUUUUUGGAAUCAUCAUAGCCACAGUAUUUUUAAUAGUUAAUAUUAAAUAUAGAAAUCAAAGGUACAUUAAAAUGUCAAGUCCUUAUUUAAAUAACAUCAUAGUAGUUGGGUGUAUGCUGACGUACACUAGUGUCAUACUUCUUGGAAUGGACAGUGGUCUGAGCAGUGAAACCAACUUCCCAUAUGUUUGUACAGCAAGAGCGUGGGUUUUAAUGUCUGGGUUUACAUUGGCAUUCGGCUCCAUGUUUAGCAAAACAUGGAGAGUACAUGCCAUUUUCACAAACAUUAAACUCAACAAAAAAAUAAUCAAAGAUUACAAGCUGUUUAUGGUAGUUGGUGUACUGGUCAUGAUCGACGUCAUCAUACUCACAACGUGGCAAAUUAUAGAUCCAUUUUACAGAAAAACAACAACAGGUGCUCCACUGCCAUCACCUGAAAAUGAAGAUAUAGAAAUCAUUCCAGAAUUAGAAUUCUGCCAAAGUAACAACAUGACAAUAUUUUUAGGUUCUAUUUAUGCAUACAAAGGUCUUUUAAUGGCAUUUGGUUGCUUUCUCGCCUGGGAGACUAGGCAUGUCAGCAUCCCGGCCCUCAACGACUCCAAGUACAUCGGCAUGAGCGUGUAUAACGUCGUCAUCAUGUGCGUGAUUGGGGCCGCCUUGUCCUUUGUGCUGCGAGAGCAGCAGGACGCGGCCUUCAUCAUCAUCUCCAUCUUCAUCAUGUUCUGCUCCACGACGACCCUGUGCUUGGUGUUCGUUCCCAAGGUGAGACUGUUAUUGGAGUUGUGGUCUGACGAUCCGAGGGCCUCAGAAAAAAGAGUCAGAGCUACCCUGAAGCCACUCAAGAAAUCCCGACGGAGUUCAGAUGAAGAAGAUAUGCAAUACAGCAUGCAAGUUUUAGUCGAUGAAAACAGAAGGUUCAGACAACGAUAUGAAGAUGUUAGUAUAGAGCUUCAGAAACUAAACCUUCGGUUACGAGAGGCUGAAGAACCUAUGAUCCUGGUAACGCAUGGAUACGAUAUGACUUCUCCAAUUGUAGAGUUGCCCUCUCUUGAAGUGAGUGAGGAAGAAUCGGCAGAAGAUACUUUUACCAGAAGGCCAUCCAUGCCUGUUCGAUCACAAGCUAUCAGCUUACCAAAGCGAAGAAUGUCCGAGAUUUCUGUACGGAUCUCCACCAUGUCUGAGAGAGAGAGCAGCUACGUGCGAACCGACGAAUCUUCAGUUCAGAUGAGUUCUCCCCCUCCCACAGAUGAAGGUACCUCAUUUCAGUUCCCCUCAGUGCCUCGAGUAGAGGAGCCCAAACCUUCCCCAUCCACUUCCAGCGUGCGCUACAGACAAUUACAGCCGCUCUCCCUCAUGGACGAAACAGGUCAAGCGGUCAAGUUCGUCGAUUCAGACUCUAGUGAAGGCUCUGGAAAGAGUCCAAGUGCUCGGACCCAACCCGAGUACCAAGAAUCGGAUGAUACGUCAUAUGCAAAAGCCAUUCAGAAUACUCAGAGGAAACGCAGUUUGAUGAAUGGUCUGUCCUCCAGUGCAGAAGAGGACACAGACAAGUUCGAAAUGGGAACAUAUUCUGAAGCCGAUAGUGAUAACAAUGCUAUACGGCCAGGUUCUAUUAGGGCGGAUGUCAGAAGAAGAGCUAAGAGUCUAGGUGCGCUGAGAGAUGCCGGCAGACGGACGAGUUAUGGAACUGCUGGGCCUCAAGGUGUUGGACAGGUGUCAGUGAUACACAAUCGAAGGACCGACCCGGGGUUAUUGCCCCUGUUUCCGUACAUCAGCCACAUCAUGAACAAUAGGAAAUCGCCCAACGAUGACGAAUCUACUCCUUUGUACAGCUCUUAUCCUUCAGUCAAGUGUGAUAUUGUGGAAUAUUUAUGAAAAGCUUUUCUUGUGUAUUUAAUAUUCUCCGGUUUAAUGACUCUAGCACCUUGUUCCACACUCAGAACCAGGACCCGGAAUACAUAUUCUUGCCGAAUUUCAAGAAUUAUGAACAGAAGGACAUUAUUGAAGUUCAAUCAAAGUAAAGAAAUCGGGAUGGAAAUAGAAAAAUUGAAGAAUCAGAACACGGGAUGGAGAAGUUCAAUCAGAGUACAGUAAACGUCUUUUCGGAAGUUCUAAAUAAGGCACAAAGGUAAAUUUCCAAGCAUAUUUUAUUUCCCAAUGAGUUUUGGGAUGAUUAUUUUUCGAAUUGCAAAGAAAGUACAAUCGUUAAUCUUGGACUUGACAGCCUGGUUCAGAGCUAAUUGGUGGAGUGGACUUGGUGCAUAGAGGCCGAAGUGGAAAGUAUCUACUCAUAAAUUCAUUAACUUAAAAGAUUGGGCGUCAAUAUUCCGUGCAUGAACUCAUUGUGGACUUUCUGGAUGUCUUAUGGUAAUUUGAGUAUGUGUUUCUGUCUGCACCUUUGGAAUUAUUUUCAGAAAGAAUCAAAAUUUAAACAACACCUUUAAAAUUGCAACUAAUAACUGGUGAAAAAUUUAAAAACUGAUGCUGGUUUUGAAAUAAGAAAUAGCUGGGAUUUGAAAUUCCUUCAAAUCAAGGGUAUUUUGUUACUUUUGGUUGAAAAAAUAACAUUUACAGCAACAACACGAAAAUGCAUUGGUUCAAGAAAACAAUACCUUCAAAUGCUGUGGAUAUGCCAGCAGUAUGUUGUGGAUGCCAACAGUAAAAUAACUAUCAGAAGGAAUAUUUGCCUUGAUCAGUUCAUGAAUGAUAACUUAUUUCCCUACUGCAAUCCAACUGCCAAAUUUUUCCAUUUUAUGAAUACUGUAUUUUAAUUUCUUUUGGAUAGAGAAAGGAAAUAUGUAGCCUUUGAUAAGGGACUUUAAUGUGUAAUUAUUUUACAGAACAAUAUAAUUCUUCAUAAAAUACAAAGUUGAUUCAUGAUAAAGUAAAAUAUGAUUUAUUAUAUAUUUCUGAAAAAGUAUUAUAUGGUUGAUAGGGUAAUUAAAAAUAUUUAACCAAUGAAGUAACCCAAGCAUUUAGCUCAUAAUAAAAGAAAAGGAAGGAAUAUUAGUUAAUUCACAUAUUUUCAACAUCUCUUUUUAUUCUUUAAAAUUCCUGUAGAGAUUCCUGAAUUCUAAAGUAAAGUAUAACAGAUAUUACUCAUCAUUUUAUAAAGGUAGACAGUAGAAUAAUUUUUAAAGAGAUGUAACAAAAAUCGAGACCACCGAAAUAAAUAAUAAAAGUAAUUUAUUUUUAUCCUUUUGCAAGAGUUUGUAUCAGAUAUUAUCCCAAGUUUCUGCAAUUUAACUUAAUUUUUUCUCUAAAAAUAUUUUAGAGUUAUUCUUGUCGUGAAAACCAAUCAUCAUUAAAAUAUAUCUUACUUCGCAAAAAUUCUUAUAAUUGAGCAUUCAAAGUUGAAAUUUAUGCAUGCAAAAUGCAACUGCUUCCCAUUCAUAGCUAUAUAAAUUAUUGUUCAAUUUCUGCCAUUUUUUAUUUUCUUACUUAAAAUUCAGUAAUAAAACAUUAAAGGCUGCAAUAUUAAUUAAGAUGCAACUCUUGUGAUUCUACAUCAGAGCACAGAAAGAUAUGCUAAUAUAUUAUAUCAUAUUUUAAGUCUCUUGCUAUUUCUGUCUAUUUUAAUUCAUGAUGGAAAUUAUAAUAAUGUAAUGCUUCUUUAAUCAA